CUUACAUUUUUCUCUAAUUAUAAACUCUGCUUUUAAAGCAAAGCCGCUAGCUAAACGACUUGUGUUGCAGAUACCUGUAGUUCUUCAUGCGUGUUACUGAAGGUGCAGUAUAUUACUGCAAACAAGACAACAUCUACAGUCAGUUUUUGUCAUCUUUUUAAGCUUUACCAUCGGGGGUUGCCUUUGGGAUUGUAGCUAAGUUUGUUAGAGCUAGUGAGGACCUUUCACUGUUGUUGUGAUCAGUUUCAAGUCCAUUUCAAGAUGGCUAUAAUCUUGGACUAUAGCACCUGUCUCGCUAGCAGGGAAUGUUUUGCUUAAAGCAGCUAUUUUCAGCAAAGCUUUAUUAUAAUUUGAUUAUGAAGAUGUUUUCUCUAGGCUCUGUUAAAAGGGUUUAAUGUAAAACUGUAAGUGCUGGAUUUCACGUGGGCGAAAUUCGGCUAAAGGGGGGGUCCCUGACUCUGAAGCAGGGCUCUUUGGGUGAGACCUGUGGCUCCAGGCUUGGGCAAGCACCCGCUUUCUUGGCAAAUCGUCCUGGUGAUUUUCUGCAAGGGGUGGGCACUAGGCAUUAAAGGACAAAACCCUGGUGUAGCGUUUGGAUUUGGCGGUGGAAGGCAGGACGUGUGCCAGACGUGCAGGGGAUGGCAGCCUCCUCGGGAGCCCGUCAGACCCACCGUGGAGCUCCCCCGGGGUGAAAUCCUGCAGCUGAAAUCGCCACGGAGAUGUUUUCAUCGCAUUUCUGUCUCCCUUAUUGCUCAUUGUCCUGGCAAGGGUGUUCAUGAACGCUGACCGAGAAGACACGCGGGAAGCCUGCCUCGCUGCCAGCCUUGCUCUUGCCCUGAACGGGGUUUUCACCAAUGCCCUGAAGCUCAUUGUGGGCAGGCCACGGCCAGACUUCUUCUAUCGAUGCUUCCCCGAUGGACGAGCGAACGCGGAGCUGGUGUGCACAGGCGACCCUGGCAUAGUGACUGAGGGACGCAAAAGCUUCCCCAGCGGACAUGCUUCAUUUGCCUUUGCUGGUCUCGCCUUCUCUGCCUUCUACAUCGCCGGGAAGCUGCGCUGCUUCGCUCCUGGCCGGGGAAGCAGAGCUCUGCGGCUCUGCGCCUUCCUGCUCCCGCUGUUCCUCGCCACCCUCAUCGCCGUGUCCCGCACCUGCGACUACAAACACCACUGGCAAGAUGUGUUGGUUGGCUCAGCGAUCGGCUUUGUGCUUGCGUACCUCUGCUACAGGCAGUAUUACCCUCCUCUGGUGGACUCCAUGUGCCACAAACCGUUUCUGUACAAAUCCAAACAACUGCCAGCGCACCAAGAGAAGCCUGCAGCUUCCAGCUUUCACCUGGAUAUAUAGUGAUGGGCUCUGUCCUGCCGGCACCUUUCCUGCUGCUCCCUGAGGGCUCGGGCAGGGGAAGGCCUUGGGGAGGUUGGUCUACGAAAAGUGGCUCAAAUGAGGAUGAACGCGAAACCCAAGCAGGCGUUCUCUGCAGUGCUGCUAAGUUUUCCUGCUCAGGGGCCUGUGUUGCUUCAUUUAGCUGAAUUUUGUAGGCAUCCCUCCUUUUGGGCCUGCUGUGAAGCAAAGGAGGCACUUGGUGUGCAGCCCUGCAGGAGGACAGCCCGGGUACGAAAGGUCCUGAAGCAAGAACUGGAAAAAUGUGACAAUCUGGUGUGCCCCGUCCGGUGGGGUCUUCUUGUGUCCAGGCCAGAAAGCACCAUCGGUCACCUCCCUUCAUUCCAGCCGAGCUGUCCUGUCCCUUCUCAUGGGAAGUGUGUGUCGAAAUGAAGUGCAGGACCUGCUCCCGGCACGGGGCUUAAGUCUGUCUUUUCAAUCACAGCUGAGCUAAUUCGGAGUAAUGAGCGCAAGGUUGCAGUCUUUAACCGUGGAUUAAAUGGAAGAGAGGGAAAAUGAAACUAGCAUGAUCAUUAUUUGUAUUAUUGUGCUAGCCUUGAUUUUUUUCUAAUUUGCCCAAUAAAGUUUAAUUUUUUUUAAUGA